AAGACUAAUAUGAGUAUAAUCAAGAACAGGCAAAUGCUUUUGAAUAAAAUGAAGAGUGCCCAGCAAGGACCUCAGCGUACCUUCUCAGAUCAAAGCACUCUUAAUAUACAACUGCCACAAGACAAAGUAGGAGUAACUGCUACAGAAUCAGAUAUUGUCGAUUUUGAUUAUGAUUUGGAAGAAACUUUGAGACUCCCAUCUUUGUCCAACUCAAGAUCAAGUAUUUUGGACAAAUAAAUUAAAUUUAUUCAAAUGGAAAGAAUCUAACAAACAAACGACUGUUUAUCGAUCUGAUGAUUGAUUCAUUCCUGCAAAAUCCCUUCCAAAAUAUGAAGAAAAAUUCAUUAGAUCAAAUAAUGUAAAAGAAAAGUAUAAAUUCGGUGAGGCCUCUUUCAAACCUCUUAACAGAUUGCAAAAAGAUAAAUUUUAAAAAAAUACUUUAAAACAUUCUCCAGAGCAAACCUCAAAUGGUAAUCCAAGCUAUCUUGACAGACAGUUGCAAUUAGAGAAAAAAAAAUCCACAUUUUCUCGGAACCAGAGUCACCUAGAAGCGUUGUCUUUUAGAUAUAGCCAACCUCAGCCAUCAGAAGAACCAAAGAAAAAGUCUCCCAAAAAAUCAAAGAAGCAAAAAGAAUUAGACCAAAAAUUCGAGUUUUUUGAAAAUUUCAAGCAACCUAAGCUUUACCCCGACCAAGCCCCAGUGCUAGAAAGAAUAAAGAACAAGAUACUAGAUAGGAUGCACAAAUCAACUGAUAAAAGUAUGGAAAAUUCUAAACAGCACAUCAAUGUUGAGAUUCGAGUAUGAAACAAUCAUAAUAUUACCUUGGAGGAAUCUCAGGAAGAAAGCCCUGUCACAGGUCAUAAAGAUGAGAUGUCAGCAAUAACAGAUAGAGAGAUACUCCCUCAAAUAGCCAAGAAGUGUAAAAGUCGAAACUUAAUAACAAAUCAGAAGGAAAGCAGCAGAAAGUACAGGUCGAAGUUCAGCCUCCCAAGAUAUCCAAGUAUGCCUGGCUGUGGAAGCAUCUUAUUUAAAGACUAUACUAAAAAGAAUGUGAAAAAUAAAGAUAUCGAGAAGAUAGGAAAAUUCAAAGAGAAAGUUAUUCAGAUAUCUACCAAGCAAAAGGAAGCAACAGAAGCAUUGAACCGAUCCAUUGACCAUGAAUCAAAUGAGGUUGAUAAAAUGAUCCAGAAGAUGAAUAAAUACAUUCGCAAUAGAUAAUUCAACUACCGAAU